AUGUCUUCUGUCGAUUCUGAUUCUUUUGUCCUUCCCGAUUUCAUCUCUUACUGUCACUACCCCUUGCGAAGCAACCCCUACGAACGCGAGGUCACCCAGGCAUCGGAAUCAUGGCUGCUCGCUACCGCCAAUCUUAACGAGAAGAAGCGUCGUGCAUUCGUGGAUCUUAACGCGAGCGGUCUUGCAGCUGUAUGCUAUCCCGACGCUGACAGCGACCAUCUGCGCGUGGUGGCCGACUUCAUCAAUUACCUUUUCAAACUCGAUGACUGGACUGACGAAUUCGCGGCCAAAGAUGUGGGAGGAAUGCGAGACUGUGUGUUGGGUGCUUUGAGGGAUCCCAAGGGGUUUCAAACAGAUAAAGGAGUGGGGAAGCUUGCCAAGAGUUUCUUUGGUCGGUUCAUAGAGGACGGAGGACCUGGUUGCAGAGAGCGAUUCAUCGAGGGGAUGGUGCUCUUCUUCAGUGCGGUAACCAGGGAGGCACAGGAUCGAUCCCAACACCACAUAGCAGAUCUGGAAUCCUAUAUUUCGCUCAGACGCGAUACGGGGGGUUGCAAGUCAUGCUUUGCUCUCAUCGAGUACGCGGCCGGGAUCGACUUGCCAGAUGCUGUCAUAAAUCACCCCUCCAUUCGGACUCUUGAAGACGCGACCAAUGAUAUCGUUGCGUGGACGAACGACGUGUUCUCAUAUGAUGUCGAGGCGUCACGGGGCGAUAUACACAACCUUGUCAUCGUUGUCAUGAACGAGCAAGAGCUCUCGCUCCAGGAAGCAAUCGAUUUCGUUGGUGACCUAUGCAAGUCCACGAUGGACACUUUCGAACAAGUCCGCCAUUCCCUGCCUUCUUGGGGCCCUGAGAUCGAUGCCCAAGUCCAAAAAUACGUUAGCGGUCUCCAGGACUGGAUCAUAGGGUCGCUUCACUGGAGCUUCGCAACCCCUCGGUACUUUGGCGAGAAGGGUCAAGAGGUCAAAAACCAACUGAUCGUGAAAAUAUCGCCGAGAAUCAGUGAGCACUGAGAUGUUGAUGCAUCACGCGCACAGCUCAGGUUGCCCCGUUUCAAUACAUUACUGCUCCCUCUAUAACUCUUCGUUCGAAUCUAAUGAUGAACACUUCAACCUGGUGUUGAUCAUCAAUAUAUUUGUGGUCGCUUUCGCAUAAUUCACUCACCUUUAUACAUUUCAUAUCAGGACAUUUUAGUUUAGCACAUAUUUCUUUCACUCGAGCUAUCCUAGAAUCGAUCACCUAUUCGCGCCUCUUUAGUUGGCAGCUCUAUGUACCGUUUUCCUCUCCUUCCACUCGCCUGUAGCCUUUCAUCAAAACCUCGGUUCCCGAUCCCCUGUGUCACUUAAUCACCUUGUUGCUCAGACUGAAUUUUC